AUGAAUCUUAGUGAUAUUUUAAAAGGAACUGUUUUGGUUUUAUGCAGCUGCGUUAUGUGUAGCGCUGCUGCGAUCGUCUAUAAAGGUGAUCAGGUUGCGGAAAAAUUGGCGAACUCUAACAAUGCUGACGCCGCGCAUGACACAAGCUUACAGGCUGCAACGUUUCUGGAACCGGAUGUUAACAAUUUGCUAUGGGCUCACAAUUCUAAACGUGCAUUACAUUAUAAUACUCCAUCAUUAAGUUGGGAUAACACAUUACGUCAGUAUGCUGAGGAUCAGGUAAGGAGUUUGAUAGGCACAGAAUAUGACCCUUGUACAUUUAGGUUGAAACAUUCUUAUGGCCCUUAUGGGGAAAAUAUUGGUACAAUUGGUUCAUCCGCUAGGUAUCCAAGGGCUGACGAAGUGGUAAAUGCUUGGUAUGAAGAAAUCAAGUAUUACAAUUUUAAUGAUGUAACCGGUACCGUCCAUAAUGGGUAUGAUGUCGGUCACUUUACUCAACUUGUUUGGGCCGACACCACGAAGGUCGGCUGUGCAGUUGUGACUUGUCGGAGCCAGUACUAUUUCGUAUAUACACUUUGUGAAUACUCACCACCAGGUAAUGUUCUUGAUGGCACUCCGGGUAUUGACACCUACCAUAUUUUUAAGGAAAAUGUCAGGGGUUUAAUAUAA